AUGAUAAUAGACUAUAUCGUAAAUUUAGGACAAAUCGUAUUACUUUUACAGAUGGAAGGCACAGGAAAUUGGUGGCCAGAUUAUGUACCAUUCACUCUUUACUAUGUUGGUCCUAUUGUCUCUACUCUAUCAGUCAACUCUUUAAUUUUCCUUCUCUGCCUAAGAUAUACAUUAAUUAUUAGUCGAGUUGUAGGUGUAAUCAAUGUUGGUUUAUUUACUGCUAUUGUUGCAUACAAUACAACACAUUCUGGGACAAUUCCAUGGUUAGGAGCAGCAGCAUCAGACUUCAGAUCAGACGCUAAAGGAUGGGUUCCUUAUUGUAGUAGUUAUUCCUACCUUAACACCUCCCUUCGUUGCUAUCUCAUCAAUGGUGCUUGGCUUGGCUGUGUUAUCCUGUUAGCUCUCUGGAUUCUACUGACUAUCUAUGUUUGCAUACUAAGAGAUUCAACAUUUUAUCAUAAAGAUGAUUAUGAUAAUUAUGACUUUAAAGAUGAUGUACCAAUGGUGUAUAAACCAUCAGAUUAUCCUGGAGUACCUGUUGCAGCCACACCUAUGACAAACCCAUCUAUAAAAUAA